CUGUUCCAACAGACACACAAAGCAGAAAUUUCGGGCGCGGGAAUCGGGUUCGAGGAUGACAUGAUGGAGGUCUCCCACCCCUCAGCCGGAUGGGACAACGUCGGCGACAAGUGGUACCGCAAAAUCCAGCUCUACACCGAGGUCUUCGACCAGGACCUCGACCUCGACAACCACAUCGUCGCCGGCGCACCCUACGCAGGCGCCCUCGCCCUCCUCAGGGACGACACCAAGAUCCAGGCCUACCGCGCCAACAAAACCUCCACCGCGAAACCGGGCAUCGACGUCUACUCCUACGCCGGCAAGCUCCUCCGCCACAUCCCCUGGGACGCCAACGCCCCCGGCUCGGGCUCGGGCUCGGGCUCCGGCGGUCCCGCCGCCGCCGUCAAGGGCCUCGGCUGGGCCUGCGUCGCCGGCGGCGAGGAGCGCCUCCUCGUCGUCACGGCGGACGGCACCGUGAGGGUGUACGACCUGCAGGGCGAGUUCACGCAGUUCUCGCUCGGCCACGGCGCCGAGGAGCUCGGCGUCGUCGGGUGCCGGUUCUACGAGAACGGCAUGGUCGCCCUCCUGGGGGGCAACAGCGCGUCGCUGGUGAGCGUGACGAGCUACGCGGAGCCCAGGCCGCGGCUCCUCGCCCGCCCGCCCGACGGCCUCGGCGAGAUCCACAGCUGGGCCGUCGUCUCCCCGGACCACACGCUCUCGCGCUCCGUCGAGGUGCUGCUGAGCAUCGGGGAGUCGGUGUACGUGGUCGACGCGGCUGAGUGCGAGGACCGGUUUUUAGAUAUUGGGCCGUUCAGCCACAUCAGCGUGUCGCCCGACGGGAGGCUCGUUGCGCUGUAUACCAAGACGGGCAAGGCGCACGUGAUAUCGAGCGAUUUCCAGGAGCGGCUCAUCGAGCACGACUCCGAGUCCAAGAUCCCGCCGAAGUAUGUGGAGUGGUGCGGCUCCGAUGCGUUGAUUGCGUGGGAGGACGAGGUGCACGUCAUCGGUCCGGAUAAUGCGUCUGCGGAGUUCUUCUACGAUGGGCGGGUGCAUGUAAUUUCAGAACACGACGGCGCGAGGCUCAUCACAAACGACGUCUGCGACUUCCUCGAGCGCGUCCCCAGCGCGACCGAAGAAGUCUUCGGCACACGCGCCGAAUCCUCGCCCGCCUCCAUCCUCCUCGACGCCGUCGGCCAGCUGGAGCUGCAGUCCCCCAAAGCGGACGACUACAUCCAGCUCAUCCGCGCCAACCUCACCGAGGCCGUCGACACGUGCGUCAACGCCGCGGGCCGCGAGUACAGCGUGCACUGGCAGAAGCAGCUCCUCAAGGCCGCCUCGUUCGGCAAGUCCGUGCUGGACAUCUACAACAGCGACGACUUCGUCGACAUGUGCGAGAUCCUCCGCGUCCUCAACGCAGCCCGCUUCUUCGAGGUCGGCCUCCCCCUCUCCUACGAACAGUACCAGCGCCUCACCCCCGAGGGCCUCAUCAAGCGCCUCAUCAACCGCCACGAGUACCUCCUCGCCCUCAAGAUCGCGGGCUACCUGCGCCUCCCCACGGACCGCAUCUACGUCCACUGGGCCUCCGCCAAGGUCCGCUCCGGCACCGAGGACGACGACACCAUCUGCCGCCUCAUCGUCGAGCGCCUCUCCGGCAAGCCGGGCAUCUCCUUCGAGGAGAUCGCCCGCGCCGCCUACGACGAGGGCCGCUCGCGCCUCGCCACCGAACUGCUCAACCACGAGCCCCGCGGCGGGCGCCAGGUGCCGCUGCUCCUCAGCAUGGAGGAGGACGAGCUCGCGCUCGACAAGGCCAUCGAGAGCGGCGACACGGACCUGAUGUACAACGUCCUCCUCCAGCUCAAGAAGAAGCUCCCGCUGGCCGCCUUCUUCCGGGUCAUCAACGCCAGGCCGACCGCCACAGCGCUCGUCGAGGCCUCGGCCGCGCGCGAGGGCGACAACGCCCUCCUCAAGGACCUGUACUACCAGGACGACCGGCGCGUCGACGGCGCGAGCGUCUUCCUCCGCGAGAGCCUCCGGCAGCCGGACGCGCGCACGGCGUCCGACAAGCUCGCGCUCGCGGCCAAGCUGCUCUCCGACUCGCGCGAGGCCUCGUUCGAGGUGCACGCGCUCAAGGAGGCGCAGACGCUGCUCCGGAUGCAGGAGGCCUUCGACCGCGACCUGACGGACACCUUCACGGGCCUGAGCGUCAACGAGACCAUGUUCAAGCUGAUCCGGCUGGGCUAUCACAAGCGGGCGAAGAACAUCCAGAGCGAGUUCAAGGUGCCGGAGAAGGUUGCUUGGUGGAUCAGGUUACGGGCGUUAGUUGCGAAACGCGAUUGGGCCGAGAUUGAAGAGCUCGCUAAGACGAGGAGGAGUCCCAUCGGAUGGGAACCGUUCUACAACCUCACGCUACAAGCGGGCAACCCGCGUCUGGCCGCGGUCUUCGUGCCAAAGUGCACGAAUCUGGAGCCCGGCACGAGCAUCACCAUGUACGAGAAGUGCGGGAUGCGGGUCAAGGCGGCGGAGGAGGCGGUCAAGCUCCGAGACGGCGAGGCGUGGACGAGGCUGCUGGAGGCGGCGGGGCGGAACACGACGGAGGGGCGAGAGAUUGAGAAGCUCGGGGCGAACAUCUUCAGGAGGUAA